AUGUUGAAUGAAAUCGCCGAAGAUAUGUACGUGUAUCAACAUGUUUCGCUAGACGAGGUUCCGAUCAUAACAUGGAAACCUAUAAGCCAAGAACAACUCGACUACUUCAACAAAACGAAUCUGAAAUCAACGUGCAUGCACUUACAGAAAGCGGUGAAAAACGGCCACACGGGCUCUCUUUACGUAACCUGCAUCGUUUUGCUCUUCAGUGGGAACGAAGAACUCAAGCAACAGGGCAUCAAGUUAUUGGGGAACAUGAAAAAGACGAACGGCUUGAAGAGAAGGCUUCGAAUUUGCCGCAAUAAUUUGCAUAGCAUUCUGAAGAUGAUUUAG